UGAGUAAACAGUUUUCUGAAUUCUGUACAAUCUGAAUUUUGUUUGUAUCAACGAUAGUGCAUCAUUCUGUGGCGAAAUAAUUAUUGUUUUGUUGAGCCACAUGUCACUGAGUAAGCGGCUGAAGAUGGAUUCUACUGCAUCCUAUUCAUCUGAUCCUAUCACUCAAGUAAGCACUGAAGCUCAGGAUGCAUCAGGAGAUAGUGAUGGAACUACACACAAUCAAAAAAAGGAAACACGACUUAUCUUUGAUGAAAAUGAGGGUAAUUUCAGAGAAGCUGUUAGGUGGAUAGGGUGGGUUGACAAAAGCCUUUUUAUUGCCGAAUUGCUGAAGAAACCACGUCGUGUGAUUAUUUUUGCGCCCAGGCGUUUUGGCAAGUCUCUGAAUAUAGACAUGGUCAAGUGCUUCUUCGAAAUUGUAGCUGGUCGAGACAUAAGCUAUGCACCUAAGAAUUUAGAAGAACUGAAAGAAUACGAAAAUUUUAAAGCAUUUUGCAGAUACGGACUGUCACCACCAUGUAAGAUAAUAAAGGAAGAAGAACUUGUUAAAGAAUACUUUGGGAGACACCCAGUUGUGUAUCUGGACUUAAAAGACCUUGAUUGCACUUCCAAAGAAACUGUAAAGGAUGGUCUCAGAGGCAUUGUACAUGAUCUCUAUGUGAAUUUUUCAUACCUGAUGAAGGACGAACGUUUAGCUGACUCACCAAGAAAAGUAAAAGCAGCAUAUGAAGCUUGUGAAGCAUGGUGUGGUAUGAAUACAUACAUGAGAGAGGAUCCAACCAUAGGUUUGCAAAAAUUGAUUGAAUAUUUACAUGCUCACCAUAAACAGAAAGUGUACCUGUUGGUUGAUGAGUUUGAUGCUCCUGUGGUGAACGCCCUGUUGGGUGGUAAAAGUGGAGAUGAAGUAAAAGAUAUCAGCAAUAUAGUAAUGUCCCUGCUUGGUGCAGUUGUGAAAGGAAAAGUGGCGGAUAAUCAUCUCUUGGGAUCACUAAUUACGGGUGUGUCAUUUCUGGGAAGCAUUGGUAUUUCUCAGCAUCUUAACAACAUACCAUUUUACAAAUGGUUACUAGAUGAUGAUCGGUUUGCUAAAUAUUAUGGUGUUGGGCAUGAAGAGCUUACUACGCUUCUUGAAAGUGUGUUCCCUGAGCAAAAAGAGAAACAAGCUUCUAUCCAACGAGAGGUAUUGGGUCUCUACAAUGGAUACUAUAUUAAAACUGAAGCUGUGUGCUGUUUAUGGUCUGUUUUGCACUACAUUCGACUUCGUGUGGAACUGAACGCUUCUGAGAUCAGAAAGACCAAUUUUUGGAACAUUAGUGCACUUGGUAAAGUUCUUAAAAAUGAUGAUGUAAUGGAAACAAUGGUUCAUGUAACAACAGGGGGAAAUUUCUCUUUUAUGUCCUGUGAUAAGUUGGAUGCCAAGGAUCUUGCUGACUUUUUAAAUGGUGAAAACAAUCAAGAACAACUUGUCUACUCAUUUUUCAUGGAACAAGGGUAUCUCUCCAUUGAUCCAAGCCAUCGUUCUAGCAGAUCUGUUAAAGUGAAAGCUCCAAAUCCUGAAGUCCUUACUGCGUAUCUAGAGAUGUUUAGUAAUUUCCAUGUGAAAGUUUGUGGAUUUAGUAACUUGUCAAUGCAUAAAUGUGCAGAAUAUUUUGAGUCACUACCUGAUAAAUCUGCAGAUGAACAGGAAGAGAGUUUAAGUGUUUUCUAUGAGGAGUUGAAAAAACUUUUGUCAAAGUUCCGCGGACAAAAGGUGAAGGAACGAUCAAUACAAUCUCUUAUGUUUGUUACCAUGCUCAAAGCAGACUUCAAAUAUUGCGAGAUGGAGAAACCUGUUACAAUUCAGAUGGAUGGUAAGAAAGUAACGGGAUUUAUCGACCUGUUCAUGGAAAAUGAUGAUUGUGUAGUUAUUUGGGAGUUCAAGCAUAUUGAGGCUGAUGAUCUUCAAGCAAUCAAGGAUUCUUCUUAUGAGGCUUUGAAAGAAAUCCUUUUCGGCAGCCAAGCCAAAAAAGUGCCCUAUAUUAAUAAAAUGGAGGAAGUAAAAACAAAAAAUUACAUUCUCAUUGGACUCUGCUGUGGUGAUAAAGGUAAAGCAGCAAUGUCGUGCUUAAUAAAUAACAAAGACAUCAAUAACUGUAUCUCUUUUCCAUAA